CUCCGUGCGUCUUCUAUGCACCGGACCAAGUCAACUUCGUUCCACUUACCGUAUACAUGUAGAAGAAUGAAGCUGUGGUGGAGUUUGGCUCUCGUGGCCGUCGCCCUGUUGAUGAUUCUUACGACCGCGCGAGCGGAAGCUGAUCUGUGGGAGGAGGAUGACAAGGAGGUGCUUGUGCGGACAGUGCGUGGUACUAAGGAACGAACAUCCGGCAGCUCCUCGUCGUGCAGAUACGUAAAGGGUCAAUGGUCGGAAUGCGACUCGAAUACCAACACGCGGUCGCGUACUCUGAGCCUCAAGAAGGGCGACAAGUCCUGCGAGCAGACCAAGACUAUACAGAAGAAAUGCAAGAAAGCAUGUCGAUACGAGAAAGGCACGUGGAGCGGAUGUGUGAAUCAGAUGAUGACGAGAAUCGAUAAUUUGAAAGCGAACAGCGAUACAUCCUGCGAGAAGACGCGACGACUGACCAAGAGGUGUAAACCGGAGACCAACACCAAGAAAUCUGCCAAAGGUGAACGAUCGAACAAGAAAUCGGGCAAGCAGUAAUUAUCUGCCAAUCUCCAAUCACAUUUCUUCUAAUCGGGCAACGAAAGCGCACUCUCAUCUCUACGACCCCCUACCUUCUCUCGACCCCUUUUCCUAUCGCCAAUUAAUUGCGAGGCAGAGCACAAAUUUGGAUCGAUUGUCGAUCGAAGCGUUUAUCAUGUAUACUGCCUAGGAGUCAUUUCGGAUGCAGCAACGCGCGCCGCGUAACUGCGAAACCGUUUUCAAGGUGCGCUGCCGUCGAUUAAUUACUGUUAAUAAUUAUGGGAUAGUGCAUACGUUUCGGUGAUCGCAUUUGUUCUCGGCAGUAACUCGGUUAUUAACCCUUUUGGAAUAUCCUUGCCAUUAUCGCAAUAAUUCACGUCAGGUGUACAAUUGCGCGCAAAUUUUGGUUUAAAUAUUUCAGUAAUUUCGAGCAAAUAUAGCAGAUUGGUUAUAUCUAAUAAAUCCAUGUUUGUACGGAAGGUUUCAUGUGCGUAAAUAUACACCUGACGAAGAGAUUCUUCUAUCUAACCCAUUGACAUAAUUUGCGACGAGUUCCUCUGUAGAGGAGUUAUUGAUCGUAUAAAGGUAUUCUAUAAAUGGACGUUGGCGAGAUCUUGGAGGGUUAAGCCGCGCAAUCAACCGGAGAAUCGAUUGGGAACCGAUACGUAACACGUUCGAGAUGACGAAAACUAAACACGGCCGAUCGUUCGGAUGCACAGUGGUGCGGUUUUUGUAUUGAAUUUUCGCGAAUUCGUGACAUCCGCAUUUUCUCUCGGCGCGAAAUUUUUUUCAUGAAUUUCGAAUUCAGAUAUCUAGAUCCGCGAGGAUUCAGGAAUUGGCUCUCUCUCAGUGUGUUCCUGCAAAAAUCUGCACCACUGGUUGUCCGAUUAACGAGCGCACACAUCGUAGAGCUCCCCGACUAGAAGCAGCCGCCAUUUCGGAGGUUCGCAGAGGAAAAUAAGAUCAUUCGCCAAAGUUGUUCUCUCGUCUUCCCGCAGCGAUAUUAUAUUAUUAUAAUUAAUAUCAUUGUUUAUCACACAAGAAGCAGCGAUCCCCAUUUGGCUUAGCUGCCGAUCCACUUAAAAUCAUGUACAAUAUUUGUCAUACUAAACAGCUUUCAUUCGAUUGUCACAUAAAUAUACAAUAUUCGGUGUUCAAAGUAACUGUGUCCUGUAUCAUGUAACACGCGCGAGAUAUUCCGACAAUUAUUACGCCGUCGCGAAGGUUCGUCAGUUUAAAGAAGGCUUGCUCGCGUGCCAAGAAGCUAAUGGCAUUUGUUCGCCCCAUGUGGCGUCCUCAAAAAGAACGGUCACGUCAAAUCAAAAAUUGCGAAAUCAAAAUAAACGAUCAAAAGAAACGCGUCAAAAUAAACGAUCAAACGAAACGCAUCAAAAUAACAUUUGUCGAGAGAGAACGAAAAUGAAAAAAAAAUGCAAAAAUAUACUAAUAUAUAUUUAGCAUAGAAUGUUCGCGCGAGCCUAAUGAAUUUUUCCGGAAUCCUCCGCGCCCCCCUCUCGGCAGGACGUUGUCACUUCCGAUGUUAAUAUUCGCAGUUAACGUUUAUAAUAAUAAUAAUAAUGUAUCAAGUGAUAACUGGCAAAUAUGGAAACUCGCCAAUGAGCAUGAAAAUCAAACUGAAAUAACUCGUCGUCUCAUCAAGCAUGCACGUUCGCGCGUGCAAGAGAGAGAAAAAGAGAGAUAGAUCACUGGAUAUCUUUUCGACGUCACAAAAAAAUCAAAUCCCUCGUCCCUGCAUACAAGAUUGUAAUUCGUUUCUAAGUCUAGAUGUAUAACCGGAGGGCUCGUCGGUGAGAGGAAAUUAAGCUGUUUGCGCGUUUGGUACUGCACGCGACUCGCGACCCGCGACGUGCGGACGUGUCUCGCAAAAAGCAUAAGGGGUGGGUGAGACCCGGGGAGAGAGUAUUUUUCACAUACAGUAAUAUUUUGAAGGUGUCUCUUCCUCAUCUCCAUCCAGAUCUCCGAUACGCGACGGAGGCUCAGAGGUCCUUCAGCUCCGAAAGUCAGACGAACGUCGCGAUCGUCGACGAGUUCUUCCACGUGUCGGAUUCAAAGGAGACCUCUCCAGGAGUCUUCUCUGAUCUAAGACCCUAUGGACGCCGUACGCGCGGAAUCGCGCGCGCGUCAUCAUCAAGCGCCUAGUUCUAACUCCCGUAUUACAGCAUAUCAUCAUUACGCGUGAAGCGAAUCUUAUCGAUAAACUAGGAUAGCGUUAUCUCCGUUUUAUGGGCUCUUCGCUAAUUACUGUCCCCAUUGAUCCUCCAACCGGUGAACUCGGAUCCGCCGGACAUUCGCUCCCUCCUUUUCCUCCUACCCCUCCCCGAGUUGCCAGGGUCGAAGCUGUGUUCCGCACCGAGACCAGUUCGUAACCAGUUGGAAACACGCCACAAAAGUGGACUCGUUAUGUGCCGGUUGAAAGCAUUAAAUGUGUCUCCCAUGAACGUUACAUCUAUUGUAUAAUGCGUGCUAAUUACAUGGGCGAGCCGCGGAGAUUACUCGCGCGACUCCUCUCGAAAGGGAGAGGUCCUUCGGUGUCAAAAACAUUCAUUCCAGAAACGCGCGAUCGCGUACCACACCUUUUUACGAAAAUGCGCAAGUUUGCAUGCCUCUUAGUUGUCGUAGGGAUCUUGCGCUCUUUAAUGACCGUACAGGAUUGCGCAAUUCUGAAGUACAUUCGAAUGCGUCAUGCAGUUAUCUCGGCAAUGUAGAACAGAUGUAACGAGUCUCGUGCUUGACUUCUCUGUGUGGAGCUCGCAGGAAGCUCUCCAUGUUUUAAUCGCAUUGUAACAUAGCAUGAUAGAAAGAUACAUCAGUAAACCUAGAGACUAAUUUUUCAGAUUCUUCGAUAAAACUACACAAGACGUUUCUGGGAGAGUGCGUACGUCGAUAGCAAAGUGUUCCCUUGGAGAAAUUUCAAAGCGGAUUUCUUCCCGAUCUAUCCAAUUUUAUAACGAGUCGUGAAUUGAAUUCCGCACACGCGGUGCCUUGCGAAUCCCGCGACUGUCGGGGAAAGGUCACCAGUACAUUUUUAAUUUCCGCCUUUAAUUAGUUCUGCUCUGAAAAAUCCCUCUCGAUAUUUCUUCCGGACCAGUCUCUUGCUAUCUGCGUGCAUUGCGUCUCCCAUUUGGAACAAGAAUCAUAGAUAUUCUAGAUAUUAUAAUAAGAGAAUCGUUCAAAACUUUAUUCGUUAGAAUUAAAAUAAUUAGAGGCAUACGAAUCGCCGUUCAAUUACGGACCGUUGAGUUUCAUAAUCGUCGAUCUUGUUGAAUGGUUUAAUCUCGUUAGUGCAACUAUAGAAAUUGUAAUAGGCUGCUUUGACCAUUUUCAUUGGUACGACAGAUCGCCAAAAAUUUUCUACGCAUUUCGUUAAGAUUAAACAAAUUCGAUUGUACAUUUUCCAAAGACGUGAAUUUGUUGUACGGAUCGGUAACUGCUUCCCAACGAUUUAGACGAAUGAUUGUUAAGGGUAUUUGUAUAAAUCGCUGAUCGUGCGGUUGCCUCAUUACGAACAAUUUUGUCGUUCAGAUCGUAUAGCUUAGGAUAGCUUCUGAAUUUUGGAUGUAAUCGUAGCUCGGUGAAAUCGGUGAUUUUCUUUACGAACUACUAUAAAAAUUGUAUAAUGCAUCUACUUACUUAUUGAAGUAAUUGUGUAACCAUUACACAUGUAACAAAAAUCCAAUGUUGUCAAUAAAAGUAAAAUAUUAUAUA